AAAGAGAAAUCCAAAUCUAGCAGCAGCGCUGCCCGAGAACCCAAUGGCUUCCCAGCCGACACCUCUGCCAACUCCUCUCUCCUCCUGGAGUUCCAAGAUGAGAACAGUAACCAGAGCUCCCUGUCAGACGUCUACCAGCUCAAGGUGGACAGCAGCCCCAACUCCAGCCCCAGCCCCCAGCAGAGCGAGUCCAUGAGUCCUGGCCAUACGUCCGACUUCCGCACGGACGACUCGCAGCCACCCACACUGGGGCAGGAGCCGCUGGAAGAGCCUUCCCUGCCUUCCUCAGAAGUUGCAGAUGAGCCUCCCACUCUCACAAAGGAAGAGCCAGUGCCCCUUGAGACUCAGGUAACUGAAGAGGAGGAGGACUCCGGUGCGCCGCCUCUGAAGAGAUUUUGUGCUGAUCAGAACUCAGUGUGCCACACGGCCUCGGAGA